UACCCUUAUUGUUACAUAAUAGAAAAAUGCGAAUAAAAUAAAGGUCAAAGCUGGUGAUGAAAGCAGUCAACCGACGCCUGAUUCUGGUGGACCCUGCAACACAGGAUCUGUCCCCCCCUACCCCAAUAUUGCCAUUGGGCAUCUCUCUUAAUUUUCUUCGCCACCAUUUUCUCUCUCUCUAUUUCGAAUUUAAUUUUCUCUCUCUGAUUCAUCUGAGCACGAUUUCUCGAAAAUGGCGAACGAAAAUGGUGGCAAUGGUGAAUCGGACCAACAACAGUUGAAAACCUGCGCUGUUUUUGGUGGCAGGGGAUUUGUAGGCCGCGUCCUGGUCGAGAGGCUGCUCAGACUCGGCAAUUGGAUCGUCCGAGUUGCCGAUGCCGUUAAGUCUCCCGAACUCAAACCCUCCGAGUCGAUUCUCGCCGACGCGCUCGCCUCCGGCCGCGCCUCUUAUUUCCAGGUUGAUGUCCGUCAUAAAUCCCAAAUCAUCAGAGCUUUUGAAGGUGUUUCAGUUGUAUUUUAUAUGGAUUAUAUGGAUCCCGUCCCCACAGACUUUCAACUUUGCUACAAAAUCAUUGUUCAAGGUGCAAAAAAUGUAGUCAGUGCUUGUCGAGAAUGUAAAGUUAAAAGGCUCAUAUACAACAGUUCUGCUGAUGUCGUUUUUGAUGAUGCCCAUGAUAUACGCGGUGGAGAUGAAUCCUUGCCGUAUUCUGGCCAAUUCUGGGACAUGGUCACUGACCUUAGGACUCAAGCAGAGGCACUGGUCUUAUGUGCAAAUGAUAUUGAUGGACUUUUAACAUGUGCACUUCGUCCCUGCAAUGUGUUUGGACCUGGAGAUGGACAACUCUUACCCUUGCUAGUGAAUAUGGCCAAAUCCGCCUGGGCUAAGUUUAUUAUAGGAAGUGGAAACAACCUGUCAGAUUUCACCUAUGUGGAAAAUGUUGCCCAUGCCCAUAUCUGUGCGGAAGAAUCUCUAACAUCUCAAAUGGUUACUGCAUCUGGAAAGGUAUUUUUUAUAACUAACCUGGAGCCAAUGAAGUUUUGGGAAUUCACAACUCUUUUACUCGAGGGGUUAGGCUACCAGAGGCCUGUCAUCAGUCUUCCUGCUUGGGUGGUCCACCGCGCUCUUUUGCUUAUGAAAUUGCUACAAGCCAAGUCAGACUCCAGAAAGCUUGAUCCAUGUGUUUCUAUAUGCAAUAUUACGACUUUAGCUGUACGCACCCGGACAUUUAGUUGUUCGUCAGCUCAAAAGCAUAUUCAAUACUCACCAGUUGUUUCCAUGGAGGAGGCGGUGAAACUAACUGUUGAUUCCUUCUCUGAUUUGGCAAUAGACUCGCCUUUCAUGAGAUAUGUGGACUCCAAUGAGCCAUCAGUAGUCGAGAAGCUGUUAGGCAGUGGAAAGGUUAGUUAUAUUUUCAUUGUGGCACUAUAUUGGAGUACUAUCUCU